AUGCGCACGACAUACGCUCUCGCGGCUGCCCUGGUGGCAGUGCCGGCGGUUUUUGCUGCUGAGAAGGGCAUAAUGGGAUUCUCCCUUGGCACGAAGAAGACCGAUGGUACCUGCAAAUUCCAGCAGGACUACGAGGACGAUUUCAAGGCGAUGAAGAGCCACUCCGGCGCUACUGUUGUUCGAGGAUACGCUGCCUCCGACUGCAACUUCGCCCAACACAUUCUCCCAGCAGCCAAGGCCCAAGGCGUUAAGGUCAUUCUUGGUGUGUGGCCAGAUACCGAUGAGAGCUUCAAGGCGGACAAGGACGCGCUGGUCAAGUACGUGCCACAAUACAAGGACCAGGUCUAUGCUGUAACAGUUGGCUCGGAGGCUCUGUACCGUGGCAACUUCACUGGCGAGCAGCUGCUCGACAAGAUCAACGACGUCAAAGAGGCGCUUGGUGGAGAUGUGAAGUGCGGUACAGCAGACUCAUGGAACAGGUGGAAGGAUGGCACUGGUGACGCUAUCAUCAAGGGUGGUGUCGACAUCAUCCUGUCCAACGGCUUCUCCUACUGGCAAGGUGCUGCUGCGGGUCGCGAUGCCAUCGACGUGUACUUUGACGACAUGCAGCAAGCUCUUGGCCACAUCCAGGAAGUCUCCGGCAGCCUGGACAAGAUCGAGUUCUGGAACGGCGAGACUGGCUGGCCUUCAGAUGGUGGCUCUGACUACGAGGCCGCGCAGGCUGGUACUGAGAAUGCCAAGAAGUUCUACCAGGAGGCAUUCUGCGGUCUGCUUGACUGGGGUGUCAAUGCUUUCUACUUUGAGCUCCUUGAUGAGCCCUGGAAGCCAAAGUCCAUCGGUGACAACGGUGUCGCUCAGGUUGAGACUCACUGGGGUGCCAUGACUGCUGCACGCGAGCCCAAGUUCAACCUCAAGUGCUAG